ACGAAUCAACUCGAUACCAUCUAAUUGAGCAUACACAGCUGGCAGAAAUCGUCAUAAUUAUUCUUUCAGUUGGUUUGGCCACCAUGAAACGAGCAUUGGGUGCUACAGUCCUCUUCUUCUCAGUCAUCGUAGUUGUCCAAAGCCAGGAUGCCACAUACAAAACUUUGCGACCGAUCACUGACAACACCCUUUACCAAUAUCUCUACCAAAACAUGCAGGGUUACGCUGACAAAAUCUUCGCUGCGGAGGCUAAGCUUAGUGCUCUGAAGGGAAAGGGGAGCUUCAAUAGAAUGACACUUUGCGGCCUCAGAUACGAAAUCGACUCUAAUGUGCUCCUAUUCAUGCUGAAAAGAUGGUCUACGCACAAGAUAAUUCUAGCAGCGCCUUCUAGGAACAUAGAAGUGCACAUGGCCCGAAACUGGUACUUCAUUUUCACGAACCGAGCAAUAUACAUGUUUCACUGUGUCUUCACACCAAAGCGACUAGUUCAAGACACCAUCACUGUAACCAAAUCGAAGGUUAACUAAGGACAGCUAACUGCUAAAUAAAUUGUGAAUUAAAGAAAGCAGGAGUAAA